CUCCUACACACACACCCUCUCUACUUCUACGUACACAGUCUCCUUCAUUCACGCCCAGGGUAUAGAGUAUCCCCAGACGCUUCCCCCCUGUACUCUUAGCCGUGAGUGCACGGGUAACUAAACUCAUUAUUUAUUAGUGUGUGUGUGUGUGAAUAAAAAUUACUGGCGAGAUAGUUCAUACAAGUGAUCCGCACUCUGCUUGUUGGGUAUUACACCACUGCCCAGCCCAUAACCUCCAGUGUUUGGAAUCACAGUACAAGCGGACAGUCUUAAGGCAACAUUAACAAUGUCGAGGAUGCGCGAAUACAAGAUCGUGGUGUUGGGGUCGGGAGGUGUAGGUAAAUCUGCUUUGACAGUCCAGUUUGUGCAGGGCAUCUUUGUCGAGAAAUAUGAUCCUACGAUUGAAGAUUCUUACCGGAAACAAGUGGAGGUGGAUGGACAACAGUGCAUGUUGGAAAUCCUUGACACGGCAGGAACAGAACAAUUUACCGCAAUGCGUGACCUUUACAUGAAGAAUGGCCAGGGCUUUGUUUUGGUGUACAGUAUCACUGCACAGAGCACCUUCAAUGAUCUGCAAGACCUCCGUGAACAGAUCCUCAGAGUAAAGGAUACAGAUGAUGUUCCAAUGAUUCUGGUUGGCAACAAGUGUGACUUGGAAGAUGAACGUGUAGUUGGUAAAGACCAGGGCCUCAACUUGGCUAAGUCCUUCUCUUGUGCUUUCCUAGAGUCCUCUGCCAAAGCCAAGAUCAACGUCAACGAGAUUUUCUAUGAUCUCGUACGGCAGAUCAACCGCAAGUCUCCGGAAAAAAAUCUGAAAAGGCCUAGUGGUCGUAAACCAUGUUGCCUCUUAUAAGGUUGAAUAUUCUUUCAUAUUAAGAAUAGGUAAAGAAUGUUUGGAUGUUACGCCUUCAUCCUCUCAGGUGUAAAUUUGGUUUUGUUCUAUUGCCAAGGCAUGCAGCAAGUUAAUCAUUCCUAGGGACUUUUAGGUGUACUUAUUGUGUCAUCAGCAAUGGGAUAUAAGCCAACCAUUGACAAGUUCAGUUCAUGGCUAUAAGUGAUUAAAGCAUAAUUUCAUUUAGUACUAUAAAGAAUGCUGUUGAAUGUUUGUAUGUAACUGACACAGACAAAGCAACUCCUGGGGGAAAUAUGCAUAUCUUGUCAAUAGAAACUUGGAAUUGAAAAGGGAAAAAAAGGCUGGUGCCACACAUGAACUCACUAUUGUUUUGCACGCCAUGAUACGGUUUGUAUAAACCUUAGAGAUGUAAUGGAGUUCCCCUUAAAAGUACUGUAUAAUUAUGUGUUGGAAAAUGUGCUCGAGCAAGCUAAAGAUUUGGUACUUGAGAGCACAGUCGUGUUAUUCAGAUGUUUCAUGAAUGUGGUUGGUAGUACAACACAAUAUUUGAUCUGCAAGAAUGUGAUGUAGGCAUAACUCCUGUGAACAAUAUUUGAUUUCUUUAGUCUCUCAUGAUUCAUAAAAUUCACUGAAUAUCCAUGAUUUUUCCAAAUUUACACUAGUCUAUUUUUUCUAGCACAAAAUUAUGGAAUGUAAUUGUUACUAAUAUUCAAGAGAUGAUUUCCUUUUACUUGAGAGACGUAAAUUCCACUAUCCAUCCUCAUUAUACCAUUUCAUAACAUUUGUAAGAUAUGCAUUACAGGCAUACUUUGAAGUUUGUACUAGGCCUCUAAACCUUAUGAAUUCUUGACCAGUUAAUUUGAAUUCAUGGGGAAUAUUUUGUACCUUUCAGUAGCUUGUAGUUUGUUACCCGCGUAAGGUUAAUACGCACAAGUUGCUUAUGAAGGGACCCAAGAGGCAAACAUCAGGUAGCAGGAGGAUAUUUUACAAAAGGUUGGGUUGAACAUGUUGCUCCAGCUAGUUCUUCCUAAUGCUGGGAGUGUAUCAAAUCAUAAAAGAUCUUACACAGCACCAAUACUUAUUUUAAUAAGUUUUGUGCCAAAGUGAGUUUUGGUGAAGUGAUAUGAACAAGAUUUGCCACUUCCUGGUGAACCUUAAAAUGUGGAGAGGAAUUUGUUGGAAAUUGUUUUCCCAGUCUUGUGUAUAUCUUUCAGUGUUGCAUCCUGGUAAUGCCUGCAGUUUGAUGUGGUGUUGUGUGCUAAUUGUCAACUUGAUUUCUGCUCUGCUGUCAACUAAUUGCUUUAUAAAAAGGGAUUUGGAUAAUUUUUGCCUGGAACAGGCAAAUAUGUACAUACCUUAUUCUGUAUAUUAUGUAAUGCUAGAAACAGUUGAUAUAAACCCGACUUUGCAACCCCCGCAAGUGCGGCUUAGGAUGUGUCGAGUGAGUUCAGGACAGCAGAAGCUCCAACAUGAAUGGUUCCCAAUAUUCAUCAUCACCGUUCAGGAGCCUCGCCUCUGGCCACUGCCGCUCACCACCACCCAUCUCCAUCACCACAAACUGUUCCUCCAUAAAUUGUGAAUGUUGCAAUGCAACGCUUCAUAAUAUUGCAAUUUACCAAUGAAUAUUCAGUAUCUUAUACAUUAUUGUUUUCUACUGACUUUAAUGCCAAUCUUUAUCAUGUAAGAAUAUAGACUAUCUAAAAAAUAGCCCUAGAGAUUUUAAAUUUAAUUGUGUAAGGAUUUUCUAAGUAAAUGUGAUAUGUAUUUGCAUUAUUAUUAGCAGAUAACUCUAGGGUCAUUUUAAGAUUAAAUUGGCUAGUAAUCCAUCAGAAUAUUAGCAGCUUUAUAUACUACUGGAAAAAGCUUUACUGUUUGUUUUCAAUCUGAUAAAGUGAAAUAUAUAUCGUGUACAUUGUU